GUGCAGCCGGCAGUUUGCACUGGAGAUGCAAGCUGAGAGCAGGCUGGAGUCAGAUGCACAACUGAAAAACAUACUGUCUCUUUUGCUCCCCCAUUUUCGAACUGGAAUUUCAUUGUGGCUACUUGGAUUUUGGUUUUGUUUUAUCCUCUUUUAUUUUUUUAAGCAAGAUUCACUCUUCGCAUCGUUUUUCAGCCUCUUGAUUUUGUUCAUUUUUAACCGGACCAGGACAGGAUAUCGCACAAACUGCAUUUAACGCAAAGGAGGAUCCUCUUUUCUAUAUCAGAGACAUCAACUGCAAGUCCUAGCUGAAGGAGCAUAAUUCUGUGAAACGGGUAAUAUUGGAUAAUUCAGCACUAGACUGAACUGGACUAGGCUGGAGCAUAAAGGCGUGCUUGAACAGCGUCUUUUGCAUGCUGUGAAGAUCUCAGGUUGAAUUUGCACGACUGGAUAUAGAAUUUUCGUGUAGAUGUGGAUCUGAAUCAGAAAGCUUUCUCGUUGUGCACCUGCUCAGCAACAGCACAAUUAUAAAUCGUCACACUUAUCACAGACAUAUAUGCACAAUGGACUUCGCUAAUCUUAGCAACCAACAAAAAUAUAUUCAGCCUUUUCCUAAACAUGUAUGCUUAUGAACACACGCAUAUACAAAUAUAUGUGUAAAUAUUUAUAAGCAGCAUUUGCUUUAGAUGGACCGAAUUAGCAGAAUCGUACAUUAAGACUCGUACUAGAGGAAAUCAUUUUCAAAUCCAGGUUUUUAUGAGUUGCUUUCCCUUGCCGGGUUCAAUAUGCUUGCUUUAAACCUAAAACUAGGCACAAUUUUUCUGUUAUCGUUUAAAUAGUUUUUCAUUAGAAAGUCUAGUCUAACAGUUUAUAAACAUGAUUUCAUUUAAACACCCACCGCCUUUUACGGUUCAAAGUUAAAUUUGGAGGGGAAAAAACAAACGGUUGUAUGAUUAAGCAAAUUGUCUUCGUAUUAAUUUUUAUCAGUGCCCCUUUUCAUAUCUUCCCAUAAUGUCAUGAUGCUGGACGGAUAAUAAUAUGAAAAUGAACUGACAGUCAUAUAAAAAUGAAACCCUGGCACAUUAACUGAGACCGAGAAGUGGCUUGGUAAUUAUAUUAGGUUGAACUGCAUUUUUCCUUGUAAAAUUGAUACAAUUUUUAUCCGCAACUUGAUUGUCAAUAACUUUUAAUGCAAGUGCAACAUGGGUGUUUACACCUUGAUUUAAACAGAAGCGCCGAUAAUCAGCCAUGAAUUCCCAGCGUUACUGUUAUUCAAAAUAACAGGCAAUAUCACAAUCAACAAGUAUUGUGCCAGGCAGAUGUAAUGGAUUUAUUACAGAUUCUACCGCUUUUUCUGCUGUGUUGGACUCUGGUAGAAGCUGUUAUCAACCUGAAAUAUUCCGUGGACGAGGAGCAGAGAGCAGGGACGCCGAUAGCACAUGUUGCAAAGGAUGCGAAAGAUGCAGGGUUUGUGGUUGAUCUCAGGCAGCCAGCCCUUCGGGUCAUCUCCAACUCUGCGCCGCACUUGGUGGACAUCAAUUCCGCUGGUCAGCUGGUUACCAAACAGAAGAUUGACAGGGAUAUGUUUUGCAGGCAGAACCCGAAAUGUAUUAUCACUUUGGAAGUGAUGUCCGUCUCCAUGGAAGUGUGCGUGAUUAAAGUUGAAAUUAAAGAUAUGAAUGAUAACGCACCCAGUUUCCCUACUGACCAUAUAGAUCUGGAAAUAUCAGAAACCGCAACGCCGGGGACAAGGAUCCCCUUGGAAGGAGCCAACGAUCCUGAUUCGGGUAUUUUCGGGGUACAAACCUACGAAAUCACACCAAAUGAUUUGUUUGGACUGGAAAUUAAAAGCAGGGGUGAUGGAACGCGCAUCGCAGAGCUAGUGGUGGAGAAGCCCUUAGACAGAGAAACACAGUCUCAUUACAGUUACGUGAUCACCGCCCUGGAUGGUGGUGAGCCCCCCAAUUUCGGAACAGUGGAACUUAAUAUUAAAGUGAUCGACUCUAAUGAUAACAAUCCAGUUUUUGACGAGCCGGUCUACACGGUAAACGUGAUGGAGAACUCCCCGUUAAACACUUUAGUAAUUGAUCUAAAUGCAACAGAUCCGGACGAAGGCACUAAUGGAGAAGUGUUGUAUUCGUUUAAUAGUUAUGUGUCAGAGAAAACUAGGGAAGUCUUCAAGAUUGACCCACGCACUGGGGUGAUCAUGGUCAGUGGAGUUUUAGACUACGAGGAGAUGCAUAUUUAUGAGAUCGACGUGCAGGCCAAAGAUUUAGGACCCAACUCCAUCCCUGCUCACUGCAAAGUGACCGUGAACGUGAUGGACGCAAACGACAACGUUCCCGUCAUCAAUUUAUUGUCAGUGAACAGCGGGAUGGUGGAAGUAAGCGAAAACGCGCCCCUUGGCUACGUGAUCGCGCUUGUUAGGGUCUCCGAUCGAGACUCUGGGGCUAAUGGGAGAGUGCAGUGCAGACUCCUAGGAAACGUCCCCUUUAGGUUACAAGAAUAUGAAAGCUUUUCCACCAUUUUAGUGGACGGGAAGCUAGACAGAGAACAACAGGACACUUUCAACUUGACCAUCCUUGCCAAAGACAGCGGCAACCCUUCCCUGCAGGCCACUAAAUCAUUUACUGUUAAGGUUACAGAUGAAAAUGAUAACCAUCCGUUUUUUGAAAAGCCCUACUAUCAGAUAUUUGUAAAAGAGAAUAACACUCCAGGGGCUCACCUGCUGUCAGUGACAGCAACGGACCCAGAUCUAGGUUUAAAUGGUACAGUAUUUUACGAGAUUGUGCCGUCUCAAGUUAGGGACAUGCCAGUUUUUACAUAUGUGUCAAUUAAUCGUGACUCUGGUGACAUUUAUGCGUUAAGAUCAUUUAACCAUGAACAGACCAGAUCCUUUGAAUUCAAAGUUUCAGCGAAAGAUGGGGGCAACCCAUCCCUGGACGGCAAUGCUACUGUGCGGGUCAUAGUUCUAGACAUGAAUGACAACACACCUGUCCUGACAGCUCCAACUCUGGUGAACGGCACAGCUGAGGUCUCAAUUCCCAGAAAUGCAGGUAUAGGCUCUUUGGUCACAACGGUGAAAGCUGAUGAUUAUGACGAGGGGGAAAAUGGAAGGCUGUCGUAUUCUAUUGUUGAAGGGGACAGAGCUUUUUUUGAAAUUGAUCAAGUCAACGGAGAGGUGCGAACCACGAGGACCUUCGGGGAGAACGCUAAGACCAUAUAUGAAUUGAUUGUGGUGGCUCAUGACCACGGCAAGACCUCCCUGUCAGCAUCGGCGCUGAUUCAGAUCUAUCUCUCCCCAGCGGUGGAUCCUCAGGAGUCUAUAGGCACGGUCAAUCUUUCCCUAAUCUUUAUCAUCGCACUUGGCUCGAUUGCUGCUAUCUUGUUUGUCACCAUGAUUUUUGUGGCGGUCAAGUGUAAAAGAGACAACAAGGAGAUAAGGACAUAUAACUGCAGGGUGGCGGAGUAUUCAUACGGGAACCAGAAGAAAUCUAACAAGAAAAAGAAGAUCAGCAAGAAUGACAUCCGGCUGGUGCCUCGGGACGUGGAGGAGACAGACAAGAUGAAUGUGGUGAGUUGCUCGUCGCUCACCUCUUCACUCAACUACUUCGACUACCACCAGCAGAGCCUUCCUCUAGGCUGCCGGCGCACUGAAAGCACCUUCCUCAACGUGGAGAACCAGAAUUCGCGCAACGCAGCCCCCAACCAUGGCUUUCACCACACCUUCACCGGCCAGGGCCCUCAGCAGCCCGAUCUCAUCAUCAACGGCAUGCCACUGCCAGAGACGGAGAACUAUUCCAUUGAUUCCAGUUAUGUCAACAGUAGAGCGCAUCUCAUUAAAAGCACAUCAACAUUCAAGGACUUAGAAGGCAACAGUCUCAAGGACAGUGGUCAUGAAGAAAGUGACCAGACUGACAGUGAACAUGACGUCCAGCGAGGCCUUUAUGCUGACACAGCUGUCAAUGACGUGCUAAAUAUGAGUGUGCCAUCCACUGGCUCUCAGCUUCCAGAGCAAGAUUCAAGUGAAGGUUUUCACUGCAGAGAGGAAUGCCGGAUUCUUGGACAUUCAGACCGGUGCUGGAUGCCUCGUGUACCGAUACCAGCCCGGGCUAAAUCACCAGAGCAUGGACGCAACAUUAUUGCCCUGUCCAUAGAGGCACCCACAAUGGAUGUCCCUCCAUAUGAAGAGUGUGGUACAAAAAGAACUUUUGCCACUUUUGGCAAGGACGGUCCAGAGCCAGGGCAGGAUAUUGAGAGGAGUGAAGUGAAAGUAAAAAGGACAGUGGACCUACCCAUCUGCAGCCCUAAGAUCAGUGGGGCUAUUCGGGAAGCUGGAAAUGGGCGAGAGGCUGUAAGCCCUCUUACUUCCCCUGUGCACUUAAAGAGCCCACUCUGCUCUAAACCUCCAGCCUCCUACAACACUCUGCACAGCCGUGACGUUGAAAGGAUUGUCAAUCACAGUUUUCUGCGGCAGCCCGAAGGAAAGGACAGUGAACCGGCAGUCAGGGAGAUUAAUCAGCUGCUUCACGACAGCAGAGACAAAGACUCACCUGGCGGAAAAAGGCUAAAGGACAUUGUUCUUUAAAGAGGAGGAGAUGUUGGGUAUUGAAAUGUGGAAAAUGCCUGAAAAGUGCAAAAAACCUGACAACACAUCGGCAGUGGGCACAAGAAUGAAAUCGUUACAUUUCUUUUUUUUGUUUCAAAGGAUGGAGUUGUCCCACGGGAAUGGCCUUGGCAUCAGGAGCAAGAGCACAUGUGGGUUUGUGUUCCAGCUGUUUUUUGUUCACUGUACGAGGAGAGGAAACUGCAGUGUUGCUGUUUACUACGUAACAUGCCAAAUCAAAACACCCACCAACCCCUUUUUUGCUUUGUUUCCCUGGAAAUGAGGACCUAUCCAAAUAUCAUUUCAGAGCUCCUGUGAUAAAAGACACAAACAGAGCCGCGUGUUUUCUUUUAAUUUGACAAUAAAAUACCGAAGCUGGUAUAUCAUUUUUUUUUCUCUUUUUCAAAGCAGCAUUUUGCAUUGUUCAUUUGUUCCCCUCUUCACUGUUGAAACACUCAAAGCAUAACAUAUUUGUGAAUCACCUUUUAUUUUAUGUUUCUUGGCUAGAGUGGCUACUUGCUUUUUUAAUAGAAAUACGAAAAAAUUCAACAAAACAAAACAAAAAAAAAAAAAAACUAAAGCCUUCACGUCCGCCAUUUGUUCUCUUUUUAUUCUUUCAAACAAAAUCACAUUGUAUAAUAAGAGAGGUGCUCUUUGUGUUUUUCUUGAUCUAUUUGAGCUUUCCUCAUGGCCAUAAGGCUGUGGGUGAUCUUUAUUUUUUAUAUUUCUGAAGAUAAUUGAACACUGAUAGCCAUCCGUGAGCACCUUCAGCCUAAAAAAACAAACAACAAAUGGACUGGUUGCAUUCCUACAAGAAAAAAAAAGGAUUAAUUUCUUUGAGUCUGUCAAGUCUUUUUCUGGGGAGAAAGGAUGUAGCAAGAAAUGUUUGUCUCUGUUUAGUAAAAAUGAAGAGGUGCACAAUAUUUAAGAUGCCUAAUAUCUGGAGUGUGAGGCUUUUCGCUUUGAAAGAGGUCAUUAUUCACUACACACUUUGCUGUAUGUAAGCUCUGUAUAGGUUUUAUUUUUUUUUUUAUACUGUAUCAAGUUUGUAUGUGACAAUCCCUUUACUGUUUCCUUGCAAAGAAUAAAAGAAGGGUGUUCAGCUGAAGCAACUUAAAGUUUUGUUACACAAACACGUGAAAAAAAGAAAAAGAAAUAAAGUGAUAAAAACUAUAUGCCAAAAUAUAUUUUAUAAAAUAAUUUAAAAUGUAUUAUGAGAAAUUUAAUGCUGUAUAGUUAUUUUAUUAGUAAGUUAUACUUGAAUUAACAGAUUUUUUUUUCUUUUAAUUUGCAAAUCAAAAAUGGACUCUUGUUUACUAUGUUACCCCCAGGCAACUAUUGAAUUGCAGUCUACCUUGUUGUUAAAAAGUUUCUUAUUGGUCAGUUCUUGUGCCAUCAAGUUUCUGUGAGCUGUGUGGGCUAAUACAGUGUAGGGAGAGUUCAAUGCCUUGUAUGUCUAAUUUAAAAAUAAAUAAACAGCCAUUCGCCCAAAUGUAAGGACAAAAAAAACACACACUAUGGGUACAUAUGGAAAUGUUUAAUCUUAAUAUUUAAGUUUAAAAAGGUGUAAAACUAGCUUUGUGAGCUGGGAUAGUGGUUCUAUAAAUUUCACGGUUGGUCUGAUGCUGUGCAUUUCAGCCAGAGUUCAAGUCAUGUACCUUUUAGGGUCAUCCUUCUGUUAGGGGGGCAAUUCCAGACUCUUUCCUGUAAUGGGAGAAAGUUGGAUGCACCACUAAGAGUGUGGAAUGCCAAGCUGGAAAUUAUACCAUUUUCACACAUAACGUGCUUUUACUGAACUCUUUAUUGGACAUCCCUUCUCAGAAACACUGAAGAGCUUUUGCUUUCUGCAGUCAUGUAAAAGUCCAUUGGCAUUCAAUCAAUGUUAUUACUAAAAUGCAGUGGAUGUCUGUUAUUUGAGCUCGUCUGCAUAGCUGUUCAAUAUAAACUGUGACGACGAUUAUCAGAAAUUACUAGCAGAAUGUAAAGUGCCAUUCUUGAACAGGCACUUCAUUCAGACUACCGUAGAUGUUACCACAUACACUGCUUUAAAAUUAGCUUUGAAGCUUUUACACCAAAAUGUAUUUGUGUAGUGUGGGAUCUCCACAUUUUGGAGAGCUUCAGUGAAGCUUUGCUAUGAAAAAAGUAAGGGUAUGAUUCCAGUUCAGAUGCACGUCAAGGAAUGAGUGAAGAAGAGUGUGAAAAUGGUAUUACAUAUCCCUCAUUCCCAUUUAAUCAGAAUACUCUGCAGACCUGGGACAGGGUUGUUCCAGUGUUACCUCUCACAACAGAUUAUGACCAACAGUGAGAGGCAUCAAUAAAUCUUUUAAAAUUUUCAAACUGGAAAAAAUAAAUAAUAAUUUGGAGGAUUAAGAUGCAUUGUGAAUAUGUUUUAUAUUUUGUUAGAUAUGAAAAACAGUCAGUAGAAAAAGAUGGACUUUCUCUUGCUUUGCAGUUCAGACCCCAUUGGAAAACAAGACAUUUUAACCAUAAAGAAUUAGAUAAAAACAGGUUUGUAGCUAAAUGUUUACAGGUUUCGCCAACAGCUUGUGGCAACAUGAAAAUCAGAAUAAUCACUGAAUGUAUACAGCAACUUAUUAUUAAACUAUUAAAUGUUCUCCA